GAUGAGUAGCUUCAUGAAUAUGGCGUGUAUUGGAGACUUUGACCCAUUCACCGCUGCCAUUCCCGCCACCAGAGUUGAGCUCACGGUGUCAUGUAGAAAUCUCCUGGACAGAGACACAUUCUCCAAAUCAGACCCAAUUUGUGUGCUGUAUACACAAGGAAUCGCCAACCGGGAAUGGAGAGAGUUUAGUCGGACAGAGAUGAUAAACAACACCCUGAAUCCAGACUUUGUCCGGAAAUUCACCCUGGACUAUUUCUUUGAAGAGAGACAGAAUCUACGAUUUGACCUGUACGACCUCGACUCGAAGAGCGACAACCUGUCUAAACAUAAAGACUUCCUGGGCCAGGCAUUCUGUACCCUGGGGGAGGUGGUGGGCUCCAUGGGAAGCUGCGUGGAAAAACCUCUCAUUGGGAUUCCAGGGAAGAAGUGUGGUACCAUCAAAGUGAGAGCAGAGGAGCUGAGCAAUUGCAGGGAGUCAGUGAUGCUGCAAUUCUGUGGGAACAAGUUGGACAAGAAAGACUUCUUUGGGAAAUCGGAUCCUUUUCUGGUCUUCUACCGCAGUAACGAAGACGGAUCAUUUACUAUCUGCCAUAAGACAGAGGUGGUGAAGAACACUCUGGACCCAGUGUGGCAGGCCUUCAAGAUCCCUGUCAAGGCCCUGUGCAACGGAGACUAUGACAGGAGCAUAAAAGUGGAGGUGUAUGAUUGGGACCGAGAUGGAGGGUGCACUGUGUGUGUUUACUCUUCCAGCCAUGACUUCAUUGGGGAAUUCAAUACCAGCUACAGAGAGAUGUCAAGAGGCCAGUCACAGUUUCACAGCUACGAGGUGGUCAAUCCAAAGAAAGGCAAGAAGAAGAAGAAAUACCUCAACUCAGGAACAGUAACCCUUCUGUCCUGCCUGGUGGACAUGGAACUCACCUUCCUGGAUUACAUUAAAGGAGGGACUCAGAUUAGUUUCACAGUGGCAAUUGAUUUCACAGCAUCAAAUGGCAACCCCUCCCAGCCCACCUCUCUACACUACAUGAGUCCGUACCAGCUGAAUGCCUAUGCCAUGGCUCUGAGAGCUGUAGGGGAGAUUAUCCAGGACUACGACAGUGACAAGAUGUUCCCUGCACUGGGCUUCGGAGCUAAACUGCCCCCGGACGGACGGGUCUCGCACGAGUUCGCUCUGAAUGGGAACCCCCAGAAUCCGUACUGCAGUGGGAUAGAGGGGGUGAUGGAGGCUUACUACCAAAGCCUUAAGUCUGUUCGACUCUAUGGACCCACACAUUUCUCCCCUGUCAUUAACCACGUGGCCAGGUAUGCACAAUCAGUCAAAGAUGGCUCCCAAUACUUCAUCCUCCUUAUCAUCUCGGACGGCGUCAUCACCGACAUGGCCCAGACCAAGGAGUCCAUCGUAAACGCAGCUACUUUGCCCAUGUCAAUUAUAAUUGUCGGAGUUGGACCAGCAGAAUUUAAUGAAAUGAUUGAGCUUGAUGGAGAUGAAGAGAGGAUCUCAUCCCAAGGGAGGUUCGCCGAGAGAGACAUUGUUCAGUUUGUUCCGUUCCGUGACUACAUCGACCGCAGGGGGAACCACAUUCUGAGUAUGGCCCGUCUGGCCAAGGAGGUCCUGGCUGAGAUCCCUGACCAGUUCCUCUCCUACAUGAGAACCAGGUGCAUCAAACCAGGCCUCUGCCCCCCUGCCUACAACCCCGCCCCCGCCGUGCACCCCCUCCUCACCCGACGGGUCAGCCGAAUCUGAGGGGUAAGCCUCCUCCGGGGCCCCUUUCUUGCUUCUUC